AUGAAGCGCCUUCGUAAGGCUUUGAUGAACAAAAUACAACCUGCCUUUGAUGAUAAACCCCCGUUUGAACGACCUAAUAUUGAUACAGCUGUUAGAAAUGCUCUACUCUUCUGUGCUAUCACUAACCCUCAAAAGCCUGAUAUAACAAUUGAGCUGUGCAAAUUAUUCCUAUCUUAUGUAAAUUCAUAUAAGAUGAUUUAUCCAAGCCAGAGAAUUUGCAAACAUGAGAAUAAAACAGGAUACAAACUAAUUUACAUGAGAUGGGUAUGUCAUUGUUAUGCACCAAAGUUUUGUCUAACUUUACCGUAUACUGAGGUAACAUCUGCAUUUGGAAAGAAUUUCCUUUUGGCUGUUUUACCUGAGAUCAAAAAAAAAUUAAACGAUUUUUUCAAACAGAAUUGUGUGAUUUCCUCUGUACCAGAUGUAAAAACCCAUUUGAUACAACCUUUAGCACGUUUAUGCAGUUUAUUGGAGGAUAAUAUUGACAGUGAUGACAUGACAUCAAUAUGGGAUCCAUAUUUUCAACCGUCACUGCGGCCUGAUAACCAUGUUAUUACACCGAAUAAGCUGUUACAGUCAAUUUCUGUUGAUCACAUAGUCAGUCUUCCUGCAUAUCAAAAUGACCAUUCUACCAAUACUUCAGAUGAAAUGAAGAUUGAUUUAGCUGUCACUUCAGUUACCAAUAAUCCUAAAGAGGAUAAGCUGUCUGGUAAUUCUGAUACAGUUGGUGGUGACGCACACGUUGAAGUAAAUAAAUCCAUCAAAGAGGAACCAGAGGAACCGGGUACAAAGUCAUGUAAAAUGAAUGAAGGUUCGGCCAGUAGAAGAAUAAGUAUACGUCUUCGAAGUCAGUCAUCAGUAAUUUCUGUGCUAUCAUCUACUAGAAAUAUUAGUAUUACUGAACUAGAACAAAUUUUACGAGAAAUAAAAGAUGGUGAAAGUCCUCCCAAAGGAUUUUAUCUUUUUCAAGCUCUACAUUCAUUAAAUGCAACUAGAGAUGCUGCUGCUCGUCAAGAAGAAUCUGCUGGAAAUAUUGAAUUUCAUAUUGUUAACAAUAGUUUAAAUCCUAAUCAACCUCCACAAACAUAUAUAUGGCUUUUGGAAUUGUUGAAUGUAUUCGCCCUACAGUUACCUCGUAUGCCGAAAGAAUAUAUUGCACGCCUUAUAUUUGAUCCAAAACACAAAAAUCUAAUUUUGCUAAAAGUUUCUGAUUCGUGUGAAAAACAUGCUAUUGGUGGAAUAUGCUUUCGUAUGUUCCCGUCGCAGGGAUUCACAGAAAUAGUAUUUUGUGCGGUUAUUUUCAAUGAACAGGUUAAAGGUUAUGGGACACAAAUGAUGAAUCAUCUGAAAGACUAUCAUGUACGGCAUAAAAUAUUUCAUUUUCUGACGUAUGCUGAUUCAUUUGCUACUGGAUAUUUUAGAAAACAGGGAUUUUCACGUGAAAUACGCUUAACUCGACAAGCUUACGUAGGACAUAUUAAAGAAUAUGAAGGGGCCACAUUGAUGGGUUGUGAAUUGUACCCCAACAUCAUAUAUACCAGAUUUUCCGAAUUAAUUGCAAAACAGAAAGAGGUUAUUAGUCGAUUAAUAGAACGACGCCGUGAAUCACUAAACCAACCUUAUCCAGGAAUACCUGCUAAAUUAUUUCGUAAUGGACCAUUGAAACCAGAACAAAUUCCCGGCCUAGCUGAAAUAGGUUACACUUCAAACCAGUUCCCUGAUUUGUUUCAUGAAACUGAUAAAUUAGAGUCGUCAGAAAAUUUGGUAGUCAAUAGUGAUUCGAUAAAACAUCAACCGUCGGAUUCCUCUGAUAAAGGGUUUGAAGAAAUACAAGAACCUCCGAGGAAACUGCGCAAACGUUUGCCACAACCUUCGUUAAUUCCUCAUAAAUCAAAUCGUAAGUUACAAACCAAUUCAAGGAUUAGCUCCAGAUCAAGGCGUCAUAAUAGCCUUUCGAAAGUAUCAGUUCCACUAGAGCCUGUUUGGAUUCAAGAAGCUAAAAAACUGGCAGAAAAGAUACGUCCUGUUUUAAGUGCGAUUCGUAAUCAUGUAUUAGCUGGUCCCUUCCAAAAGCCUGUCACAGAAGAUGAAGCUCCAAACUAUCACGAUAUUAUUGUUUUUCCAAUGGAUUUAGGUACAAUGUGGGAACGAUUGAAAUCGAAUUAUUAUAUUACGAAAUCAUUGUUCAUUGCUGAUAUGAUGCGAAUGUUUCAUAAUUGUCGUACUUACAAUCAACAAGACUCUUACUUGUAUAAAACUGCAAACACUUUAGAACGUUACUUUAUCGGUAAAAUGAAGGAAGCUAAUUUAUGGCCUUGA